ACUUGAAUCGUUUGUUCGUGUUUGUGCAGACCGGACACCACACACCGGUGUAUUUCUCGGCUUUUCCGUUGUGGUUUUUAUCCUACAGAUCACCGCACCCGUCGAAUCAUUCAUUAACCGACUGUUUAGCAGCAUUAGCAGCGAUGGCACAGGCCAAAAUCAACGCUAAAAUGAACGAUGCAACUAAAAACAAAUUCACCAGAACCAUGUCAAUGGCUGACCGGUCCGGACGGCUGCUGGAGAGCCUGGAUCAGAUUGAAAUGAGGGUUGAAGCUCUGCGAGAAGAAGCCUCAGCGAUGGAGCAGGAGAGAGAGUGUUUGAUCGAGAUGAUCCAGUCCAUACAAAACAGCCAAGAAAUGAGGAGCAUCUGUGACGGAGAGCGAGAAGAGCUGUCUCUGACCGCCGCCAGACUGAUGGGCAGGACGCUGACAGUGAAAGUCUCUCUGGAGACCAUCAGAAACCAGCAGCAGGAGGAGGCCUUGCAGAAAGCCAUGAAGAUGAUAGAUGAGAUCACAGAGAAGGUUCUGGAGGAUCUGCAGUCAGCCAGGACUCGUCUGGAGGCUCUGCAUGCUGCGUGUGUUUCUGACGCACCGCCGGUGCCUGUGGAUCAGAAGUUUCAGAGCGUGGUGAUCAGCUGCGCUCUGGAGGACCAGAAGAAGAUCAAGAGACGCCUGGAGACUCUCAUCAGGAACAUGGACAAUGCGGAGAAGACCAUUCAGAUCAUGGACAACCCGAAGGUGGAUCUGUCCAAGCUCGCCAAUGGAAAAUAAGAGCUCACAGGUUCUGGAAGUACAGAAAUUAUUCAGCCUUGUUUGCCUGCCUUACUACAUCCAAUCAGCUCACAGUAAAAAAAAAACAAGCCA